AUGGUUUCAAGUGGCAAUGGUGAGAAUAGUGGUGGAGCUAAGGAAUCUCAUGGUACUGAAGUCAAAGGUAAUGUCCGUCUGCACAUCUCAACGUCUCAAAGGGGUCUUAUAAGUGAAGAAAAUUCAGGAAAUGGGUUUAGUGAUGGUUUUUCAGCUCUUUCCAAAAGGCUAAGAUUCCUUAAGUUUGGUAAUUUGUCUUCUCCAUCAGCAAAAUUUCAGCGUAUAGCUGAGGAGAGGGAUGAAGUCUCACGCAAUGUACCUUCUUCUACCAGCCUUCACAUCCGUGAACGCAUGAAUAGGAUUUUCUCUCAGAAAAUUGAUUGGAAUUCUCUUGGGAAAAUUUGCAAGGAAUGGAUAAGGAAUCCCAUGAAUUUGGCUCUUUUUAUCUGGAUUACCUGUGUUGCUGUUUCUGGUGCUAUUCUGUUUAUGGUUAUGGUUGGAAUGUUGAACCAUGCCAUACCAAAGAAGUCUCAGCGAGAUAUUUGGUUUGAAGUCAAUAAUCAAAUUCUCAAUGCACUGUUCACCCUCAUGUGUUUAUACCAACACCCAAUACGAAUAUAUCACCUAGCACUACUAGUCAGAUGGAGUCCAGAAGAUGUCUUAAAGCUCAGAAAAGUUUACUGCAAGAAUGGCACCUAUAAACCCCAUGAGUGGGCACACAUGAUGGUGGUUGUGGCUCUACUCAACAUCAACUGUUUUGCUCAGUAUGCAUCAUGUGGUCUUAACUUGGGAUACAGGAGAUCUGAGCGACCAGCUAUUGGGGUUGGAAUAUGCAUCUCUGUUGCAAUUGGUGCCCCUGCAAUUGCUGGUAUUUACUCCAUGCUUAGUCCACUUGGGAAAGACUAUGAGACUGAGUUGGAUGAAGAAGCACAACUUCCGGUUACCACUGAUGGAAGUAGCCGACCAGAUCAACUGAGGAGACAAUCACUUAAAAAAAGAUUUUCAUUUGCAUUGAGAGAUGAGGAAAGAAACAUCGUGAGUAGACCACUGUGGAGUGGAGGCAUUCUUGAUUUUUGGGAUGAUAUUUCCUUAGCUUAUCUAUCACUAUUUUGUAGCUUCUGUGUUUUUGGAUGGAAUAUGGAGAGACUUGGGUUCGGUAACAUGUAUGUUCACAUUGUUACUUUUCUUCUAUUUUGUAUGGCUCCUUUUUGGAUUUUCAACCUGGCGGCCGUUAAUAUAGACAAUGAUGCUGCCAGGGCGGCGUUAGUUGUUACCGCUGUCGGUGACUUUGUUCUGUGGCUUUGCUGCUGUUGGUGUUCUCUAGCUCAGGAAGCACGGACAGGUAAUUCAUAUGAUAUUGUGGAGGAUAAGUUCUGCAGGCGAAAAGGUGACCAAUUGCCAAUGUCUCCUUUGCCUCGUGAAGAUGGGGAAUUUCAGUUUAGGUCCAGCCCGAGUUCUCCUCUUGGUUACAGCUCCUCUCCAUCGCAUAUUAUGAAAGCUAACUCCCCAAGUCCUAGCCACUUUCCAAAGGAACACUACAGUCCACAAACGCAGCUUUCUUUAAUUCAAGAAGAAUCUCUUAUACAAGUUCAUGUCAUUGCCAGAAGUAAAAUGGUCCAUAAAAGAUCACUGCCUAUAUACUUGGUGGAAUGGAAUUUCCAACUUCUGGUCUUCUGGUAG